CUGCUGCUGGCACUGUAGGUAUCUGUAUGUAUGGGCCGGUCCACGCCACGUGCGAGACCCAUUUACCCACAGGCGGCAGGGCGCGUAUCCCUCUAUCCCACUGCGCGCCCGUGAGCCCAACCCAACCAUGAGUCCACGACCACGACCACUCCUGUAGUCUAGAUGAAAAGGGAGGGCCUGCCGCCUGCGCGGCUGCGCCCGGCACGCGCAAAGCGAAAAAGCGCCGGCGAGCAAAGGAGAGCGAGGGAAUCGGGUUGGCGUCGGGUGGGCAGCCUGGCAUCCCAUUCCUGCCUUCCUCCCCGAAGAGCCGGACGGACUUCGUUUUCUCCCCCCUCACCCACACUGCCACUGACUGCAUGCUCUCCGAUUCCGCUCCCGCGGUCCCGACCCCGCCUCCUCCUUCGUCGGGCUCGAUGCGGCGGCGCCUCGCGCCGGUGCUUCUUCUCGCCGCCGCGCUGCUGCUGGCGGCGCGCCCGUGGCCAGCGGUGAUCGCAGCAGAUUGUCCUUUGGAUUUGAGUUGGCCCAACUACGGACUGAUAGCUUCCGUGUGCUCGGACCAAAAUGGACACUCAAAGUGUUGCCGCUACAUCAAUGCUGUUCUUGCGGUCUCGUCUGCCAUGUAUGCAAACACAACAGGCACUCUUGGGGUUCCGGCUCAAUUUUCUGAUUCCUGCAUUGCCAAUAUCUCUGAUACAUUGGUGUCAAAGGGGAUACUGCCUACUGCCGCUUCGUUUUGUGGUCUUGGGAUCAAAAUUCAAGUGUCCUAUCAGUGUGAUGGGAUGACCACCAUCCUUGAGAUGUUGCAGUCUCCGAAUUUCAUUGAUAUCACAAGAAGCUGUGCAACUACACUUUCAGAUGAUAUCACCUGCAAGAGGUGCUUAAACUCUGGUCUGUCGUACCUCCGCCAUCUUGUCGGGGAACAAGAUAAUGUCACCUUGAAUACCUGCCGUGAUGCUGCUUUUGUUGCACUUGUGAGUCAAGGGAAUAUAUCUACCGUUGAUACAGCUGGUUGCUUUUUUAGUGUUCAGGGGCUUAGUGCUCUUCAAGUGAACAUAUCUGGACCAGCUCCAACUGGACUUGUUGCGCCAGAUAUUUCUCCUAGUCCACUUACGGUGCAAGUUCCUGUAGUGCCACCCAAGCAUCAUCGCAGUUACAAGCUUGUUCUGUUCCCAGCUAUUGGAGUUUUAGUCACUGGUGUAGCAAUUCUACUAAUGAUAGUACUGAUUUUCCUAAUCCGUAGAAAGAAUAAAGAACUCAAAAAGAUGGAAGGAAAUAACCCUCUGGAUGCAUGGAGUUUUUCCUGUGUCAAGAAAGGCCAAGAAGGCAAUUCCACCAUUUUUGGCAGAUUUAGUUACAAAGAAAUGAAGAAUGCAACAAGGAACUUCAGCACAGUGUUAGGAGGAGGUGAAAAUGGUACAGUAUUCAGAGGACAACUAAAUGAUGGAUCUGUGGUUGCUAUCAGACGCGUUGAGAGUUCACCAAAACAAAGUCACAAUGAAUUUUGUAAAGAAAUGGAAUUUCUUGGGCGGUUGCAUCAUCGACAUCUUGUUGGACUAAAAGGGUUUUGUUCAACAAGAUUUGAGAGAUUUCAGGUGUAUGAAUACAUGGAAAAUGGAAGCCUUCAAGAUCACCUACAUUCGCCAAGUAAACAUCUGCUACCAUGGAAAAAUAGGGUCCAAAUUGCCAUCGAUGUUGCCAAUGCUCUGGAGUACCUUCAUUUUUAUUGUGAUCCUCCACUAUACCAUGGAGAUGUUAAGCCUAGCAAUGUCUUCUUGGACAAGAAUUACCUUGCAAAGCUUGCUGGUUGCGGUCUUGCACACCACUCUAGUAGUGGCAAUACAACUCCCAGUUGCACACCAGUAAAUGUCAAGGCCCAAGCAACUCCUGGCUACGUAGACCCCGAGUACAUGGUGACCCAGGAGUUGACCCCGAAGAGCGACGUGUACAGCUACGGCGUGCUGUUGCUGGAGCUGGUGACGGGGAAGCCGGUGAUCCAGGACAACAAGAGUCUGGUGGAGUGGUCCCGCGAGCUGAUCGGCACGGACUACCGGCUCCACGAGCUGGUCGACCCGUCUGUGGCGGACGCGUUCGACCUGGACGAGUUGCAGGUGGUGGCGGACGUGAUUCACUGGUGCACGCACCGGGACGGCGCAGCGCGGCCGUCCAUGAAGCAGGUGCUCCGCAUCCUGUAUGAGCGGCUGGACCCGCUGUCCGGGCGGUUCGCGCGCGCCGUGGAGGGCGAGGAGGGGUACUACUACUGCCACGGUGGCGGGCGGGUGAAGGGGAAGCAGGCGGGCGACGGCGUGAUCCAGUUCAGCGGCGACGCGGCGCGGUCUUGGCUGCCGUCGUCGAGCAGCACGUCCAGGUCGCACUGCAGCCGCAGCGUGCUGCUGGAGUGCAACUCGCCCGAGCCGCAGUCGUCCCCGGCCCACGGCAACGGAGCGUUCCUGGCUUGAUAGCACCGGUCCGUCACCCGUGUUGCGUCCGUUUCAUGGUCUGCACUGCACCGCAGGUCUGGCUUGAUGGCUCUGCCAGCUGCCAUUUUUUGAGAGGACCUUGUGAUAAUGGUAGGGAUCGAUCCGUGCACCGUUCAUGGUGGUUCGUGAUGACUGACGAGUGACGACUGACGGAUCCUGCUACGGGAUCGGGAGCCCGUGCAUGGCUGCAUGAGAGUCAUGUGGAGCCAGAGGCAGAGAGUGAUGGGAGCACAACUGUGCUCUGUGCAAGAGGUACACUGACACUGACUGCUGUUUUUCGGUUCGCUUCCCUAGGUGUUGGUGGUUGUUUUUCAUUGAUCUAUGCAUUGAUGUGCUUCGGGAACAUGGCUACGCAUUCGAAGUCGUGACAGGGAUUUCACUGAUACUCCUACUUCCAUUGUUCCGUACUAUACUCUGUUCUGGCUUCAUCGUGGGCAGCUGGGCUCUGGACUUGUGGGAGAGCCGGAGAGGCUUGCUCAAGUUUCCUCUGCGAGAAUUUUGGCUACUGCUCCAGUUCUACUUGUACGUUUCACUUCUGCUUUGCUGAUGCUUGCAUGAUGUCACCUGCUUGAACGUCCUUGCCUCCUUGGGGGGUCCAUUCUCAGUAUCUGUCAAGUGAGUCCUUGGAACUCUGUUAUAGACUCUUUUGUGGGCCGGCAAUAUGCCAGGCGCCAGAAUAAUUAGACCCAGCUAUUUGUUAGAUGGUGGCUGAGUGUUAGAGAAGUUUUAGGAGGCUUAUCCUCCCUGGAGCUUAUCUCCUUAAUAAUCUCCUAAGUUGUUCUCUGGAGCUUAUCUCUUAAUAAUCUCCUAAGUUGUUAGGCCCCGGA